CUGAAUCACAGGAAUCCCUGAUUCUCUUGUUUAUAUGCAUAUUCCUUACACCUCUGUCCUCCUGCUCCUCUCUCUCUGUUUAAACACCUUAUUUUAGGUAGUUCCCCCUCCCACACUCUCCCUGUGGAUCCUCCCUCUUCUGGCCCCGGUUUAUACAUUUGCACAACUUGCCACAGUAUCAUUGUGUUUCUCCUACAUUUGGACCCUACAUUUGGACACUACAAUCAUCAUGAUGGCAGGCUCAGAUACUUUGGAAAAGGGACUUGCUGGUGAACAUUUUGGGUCUCAAUCAGAUGUGCCCCUGCUGACUCCUGAGCCCGUCGAUGACAUGCAGACUGUACCCCUAAACCCAGAGACCUCACCUCACUCAGAAGGUAAGUGAACCUCCUCAUUGUUUAUGUAUUAGAAAUGUGCAGAUCAGAUAGGCCAGUAAUUGGUAACAUCCCUGUGAGGAGUCACACUAUGCCACCCUGGACCCAAAGAAUGCCUGAGCAGCAAGGGGAAUAACAAAAAUUAUAUUAUAUAAAGAGACAUUGUAUCCCCUUGAUUGUUAGGAUUUUUUGGGGUCCAAGGUAGAAUAGCCUGUCCCCAUGACUUAUUUAUUAUCUGCAUGGGCUUUAUUAAUAAUAAUAUUAUUAUUAUUGUGUUUUUGGGGCAUUUCUCACAGUGCUUUACAAUAUUAGUAUCUAAAAAAUUCACGUUUGGCUGUUAAUAAGCAAUUAGUAUAUUCAUUAUAUCUGAGUAUCAUGUGAUCAGUGUAAAACUCCCAUAAAAGCAAGUUAAUUAUCCUUAGUAAACAACACCACUGGAUUAGCCCCCACCCCCCAUCAAUAUCUUUAAUAAAAACAAAAAUACCUCAAUGAAGUCUUCCUUGUUUCAUGACAAUAAAAGGGUUUAAAACUAAACAGUAUUAAACAUUUAUUAGGACAGUUCAUAUAGUCCGAUAACUUUUAAAUAUCAAUGAAAAGUUUAAGGAAGUAACACACGACACGCCACAAAGUGUUCAUGGUACAGCAGCUCUGAGAAAUAUGUUACAGCUUUAUUAAGAAAAUAAUGUAGAAUUAUUGUAUCACAGAGAUUUACAUCAAAAUACUUUAUGUGUAAACUAAACAGUCAGGGUGAAUAAAGUAUUUUAUUUUUUGUUGUAAAUUUUAAUUAUAAACAACUUUGCAUAAGCAACUACCACUCAAGUUAACAAUACUAAAAUAUUUAAAGCGGAGAUUCACCUAAACAGUCCCAGCAUCUCCCAUUAAGCUCUAAUCAUUAUCCCUCUGCCAUAAGCAUGCCCAGUCCCAUACCUCCUUAAUUUCUAAUAACCAUAAUCAAUUCACACCACCACCACCGUUAAAAGGACACUAUAGGCAGCAAAACAACGUUAGUGUAAUGAAGCAAUUUUGGUGUAUAGAUCAUGCCCCUGCAGUCUCACUGCUCAAUUCGCCAUUCAUGAAUAAAAUCACUUUUUGGUAUUUGAUUAUGCACCCUAACUACACCUCCCCUGGCUGUGACAGGAACACUAUGAGUGGGACUGCAGAGGCAUGAUCUAUACACCAAAAGUGCUUCUUUAAGCUAAAGUUGUUUUGGUGCCUAUAGUGUUCCUUUAAUACCACUAGUUUGACAUUUUAGUACUAUAUACCUAUUCCUCCUGGGGGCUUUUAUACCCCAGCAGAAAAAAAAUAUAUAGUAUUAUUUGUAAUGUAUGCCUAUUUUAGAUUUAGCCUGGUCCAAAAUGGUUUUGCUGACUUAUUAAAAAAUUGUAGGAUUCCACUUUUAAACCAAAGAUAGUUUCAUGGUGCAAAUUAUAUGUUGACUUUAUGUGAGUUAUUUACUAAACAAGGAAAUUUGGUGAAUUGGGAAGGGAACUGUACAUUUUAGACAACAAUAUCUCAGGUGGACAAAUAGCUAAUUAAGAAUGUUUACAGUUUGGCUACUUUCUGGUUUAUCAAAUGCAUUUUUAAGACUAUCAUUUUUUAUUUUUUAUUUUUUUUUUAAUAAAAUCUGUGACUUUACAUUAGAAUUUUAACACAACACAGACAAAUUGAAAAUAAUUCUCCAAACUUUUCCAACUUGGCUGUUUCAGCCUAAAAAUUUGGAAUUCCAAAGUGAAUUUUUGAUUUAGUGGAUGACCUGCGGGUAAUUUGUAACAGUAUUGUAAGGUUUUGUAUCAUGUCUGUCCAAAUGUCCAAGGAGAUACUCAAUAUCAGGUUUGACUAACCUAUUGGUCCCCUUUCAGUUCCUGUGGUGUGCACGUGUGUCCGAAGGCUUAGGCCGGUUUAUAGAGAAUCUGCCUCCCAAAGAAGAUCCAUAAGAACCUGUUUGGCAGUCGUUUUCUAUUUUAUACUGUCCUUCCUGAUCUUUGUAACUAUGGCGAUGGUAAUGUACCUGAUCUACAACCAAUGUAAGUAUUUGACACAAUACACCCAAAAUCUUUCUCACAAUCUUUGCUUUUUUUUUUUUUUUGCAGAAAAGUAAAGAAAAAAUCAAAUAAAGUUACUUGUUUUUAUAUUUUUUGGCAUUUUUAUUUUAAACCUUGCAAAUUAUCAAAAAUCUGAAUGCAUGGCGUUUUUGUUUCUUUGCCGUGUUUUACAGAUUCUUUUCACAUACACUUCUUUGUCUAAUGUUAAAAAAAAAAAUUGAAAAAUGCAUUAAAAGCUCAAAGCAACACUCCAAAUACAAUAACUACUACUUCUAACUGCAGUGGUUAUAGUGCCAGGAGGGCCCUUGCGCCAGCCCUCUGUAGGAAGACAGACUGGUUUAGUACAGAUUGACAAUUUACCUGGGACCUGCCAGGCACCAGCGGACACAGUCCCUGCUUUAGAUCUUCCCAUGCUGGAGAAUCCAGAUAGUUCUCCAGAGUUAAGCCACGUCAUGCGCCACUGCACUGAUUGGCUGAAAUCGGCAGAUGACCAUUCUCAUCCAAUGAACGUGGUUGUGCAACUACAAGGCUUUCCACUGCAAUAACAUCUGGCUUCUUCUGCUGGAAAAGGCUGGAUGCAGCAACCAGAGGUCGUAAGUGCCUUAUCAAAUUGUACUAAAACAGUUUGGCUACUUACCUGAGAUGGAGCCAGGGUACUCCUGACACCAUAACUACUAUGGUAAGCUGUAGUGGUUAUUGUGCUUGGCAUGAUCCUUUUAAUUGAGUUAUUCACUUAAAUGUGAAUUUGCCAGAAAUUCUGAGUGAUUGUCAAUAUUUUGACAAAGCUUGAAAUGCAAAUAAGCACAGUUUCAGACUUUGCCCUGCAUUUUUACAUGUACAUUUAGCAAUGGGCAUUGUCUUAAAAACAGCUUUUAUUUAAACCAAAGCAUGGGUUGCAACCCAAAAGGACCAGUGUCCAGAAACCAGCCGUGGGCUGUACAGUUUCGACUUUUUGGAUCAGGUUAGCAAGUUGCUGAUUUUGGUCAAUAAGUUGAAGUUGUUAAUGUGUGUGUAUUUAUCUGUGUUUAAUGGUUAUUAUGGUACUUGAAAUGUUCCUUUAAUUAUAUAAUUAGCGCAGUUUGUUUGUGCACUGCCCUGUCCAGCAUUAUUUCAGUUUUUUGGUAUGAUUGUAGAAUCUAUUGGUUUUAUUAAUGAAUAACAGCAUACUAUACUGUGAGUUGGUUUUUUUUUCUGCAUGGAGAAUGACUUCUGUUUUUUCUUUGCAGUUCACUGUGACAAAUAUCUCUACACAAUAGCAGAAAAACUUAACAAGCAAGAAGAGAUUCUUCGCCAAAUCCAGGGAUCCAAAGUCCAUCUCUAAUGAGGAGACUCCACAAAAACAAACAAACCUAUACAUUUACGCUGGCAGCGAUGCAGGUGUGGUUGGCAUAUUUGCAAUCUGCACGGGUAUAUUAUUUUUCUUUUAUUUGUUCAAUUUGUAAGCCUGUUAAUGCAUUUGACCUACAGUUUGCAAUAAAAACACAGAUGAAAUAUAAUGCGUUAGUACGUAAUGGCUUUGUUUGUGAAAUUGUGGGACGUGAUACUAGGAAAAGUGGGGUUGCAUGCACUAGUUGUAAAGUUAGCCAUUUGGUAUCACUAUUAUAGAUUAUUACUUUUUUUUUUUUUUCAAAUCUUUCUUUUAUUGAGGCAUAAAAUUUACGGGUACAGAAUAAAAAAAGGGAGACAAUAAAAAGUCAUACAGGAUGGGGUAUCACAGUUCACUAUACAUCAUCUCCGAAAAUUGUCUGCCUCUUUUUUUUUUUUAUAUAUAUAUAUAAAGUGUAUUAAAGGCGUUGUAUAGCAUUAAGUGCCUGCAUGCUUAGUGUCGGGGUAUGACUUGUAGUAGGAAUUAAAGCACCUCUAAAUGUGAGUGUGUUGAGUGUAGGACCUUAGUUAGGUGAGCUCGGGUAGGUAUGUGUGUCGUAGCUGGGUGUGGUGGACUAAGUUGCUAGCUGAGAGUGCAGCAGGUAGUGAGCGGUAUAUUUUGAGCUGUGUUACGCACUCUGGGUGUAAUGGGGUGAAAGUGGCUUAAUGCGUAGUAUUAUUCAAAGGCUUCCGGAGCCAGUAUUGUGUGGGUUUGGGAAGAGCAUAGUUUAAAAAAGCAGCAUAUGGUGGAGAGAAAAAAGAGAAUAAAAACAGACAGCAACAGCAUUGGAAAUAACAAACGUGAAACGGAUCAGGUAUAUCUCCUGUCAGGUGCAACAGGUAAAGGGGGUGUGGGCCCUGCUCUGCUGCUGCUUCAAGUUGGUAGGGCAGUGGUUUUCUGAGCCUCUCUUCUAGGCACGAAGGGGGUAAUCUCCGCUACAGUCCAUGUUGGACGGGUCAGCUGCUGUGUUGUUAGCACUGGAAGGCCGAGUGCCUGCAGGAAGGCUGGUAUGUCAGAUGCGUGGGAUAGCUUGUGUUUCGCCCCCCUUUUCUCCCUGUAGUCGGUGUGGGCCCUAUUUGUAGGGGAUGGCUUGUUCACGGAGUAGCUGGGUGACCGGGCGAAAGGUCUUCCUCCACAUCAUGGUGUGCCUGGAGAAGUCUUUAUAGAAUGUCAGUUGUGCCCCUUCAAACGCCACCGUGGGGGAGCCUCUUGUAGCCCCCAUAAUCAUGCCCCUGUCAGAGUCCCGUAUAAAUUGAAUCAGUACGUCACCGGCUCCUUCGCGUGGUGUGGAGGCCACCCUGAUGAAUCUGAAACAAGAGUCUAUUGUGAUCAACUUAGCUUGUCGUGGCGUAAGUAGUGUGGCUAUAAGCCGUUGGCAAAAGUGCGGCAAUUCCGAGCUGGUGAGUGUCUCCAGCACUCCACGGACCCGCAGGUUUCUUGCCUUGUACCGGUCCUCCAUGCCAGCCAGUUGGGCUUGUUGGUCCGCGUAUUGCUUGCGGAGUAAGCUCAGUGCCGCAUCCGUGGCACUUUGCACCAGUUUAGUGUCCCCCAGGCCCACCUCCACAUUUGCCACUUUAUUGGUGAGUGUGGCUAUGUCUGCCCUUACCAGCACCAUGUCCGCUUGGAACAUGGCCUGGAUGUCCUUCACCAAAGCUUUGAUAUCCGCUUUGGUGGCUGGAGCAGCGUCCCCCAUGUCCACGGGUCUCUGUGGCAGUUGUUGUGCGCGAGUCAGUAGUGCAGGUUCUGCAAAGUAGCUAUCCUCGUCCGAGGAUUGUGAGGCAUAGAUCUCGGGCGCCAUCUUGGACUCAGCAGGCCGCAACGCGGCUCGGAGAAAAGCCCCUAUAUCUCCGGAUCCGCCCUCUGCUUCUUGCUCUUCUUCCCCAUAUUGUCGGUAAGCUGUGAGCCGGUUUAGGGGCCCGGUGUGUGCGGGGAUUAUGGCUCCAAUCGAGUUAAUUGAGCUUGUCGCGCGGAGCAGUCUGAAGGUGCGGCCGGUUAGCUCAGGUACUGGCUCCACCCAGAUUAUUACUUUUACUUGAUUGACAUUAGAGGGACACUGUAAGUAGCAGCAGCAGACAGUGGUGUAUCCUGGUUUUGUGCUGCCCUAGAUGACGUCAUAUUCCGGUUCCCAGCCUCACUCUGCGGCGCGCGAGGGAGCUGAGCGGACCGCUCAGAGGAAGAGCUCCCUCGCCAGCCGCCUGCCCAGCGCCGCCCGCCAGCCCAGCGCCCGGCCGGUCAGUUAGCCGCGAGGCUAACAAAGCAUUUGCCUGGGCAUUUGGUGGCGGCGUUCUUUGCCGCCCCCUGAAAAAUGCCGCCCAGGGCAAAUGCCUUGUUUGCCUCGCAGCUAAAACGCCCCUGGCAGCAGAACCAUUACAGCUUAAUGUUUUUGGUGGAAAGGCCCUGUGUCUGCACUAAACACAGCACACAUUUCUGUGAAAAGCAGUGUUUACAUUUCUCCCCAAGGACACCUCUAGUGGCUGUCACUUGAUCACUAGUGGUGCUUCCUGUUACAGUCCUUCAGUAUUUGCAGAACCAACAUUCUUAUUCUUUGCUGAGCAUGAAGACUCUGAAUGCUUCCCACAUAGAUGCAUUGGUAUAAUGCAUUUCAUUCAGGUUUAUUUACUAAGGUAAGAAUAAUCAGGAAUUCAAAGUUAAUUUCGAAUUACAGUAGCCAAACCAGAAGCAUAGUUAACUUGGAGAAUUUUUUCCUAUUUUGACUUCAAUUUGAAAUAAACUUUGAAUUCCCAACAAUUCUGACUUUAGUAAAUAACCCUGUAUGAGGACAUCCUGAUUGACACAGCGUAGUUAUUGCCACACGGGCAGCAGGCCCCCCAAUGCUUCUCUGUGAAGAAGCACUGGAUGGUCUCAGCAAGGGGCGGAGAGGCAGCUACGGACAAACAAAUCGAUUUGAUUCGUAGAAAUGAACUGAUCGAUUUGUACAUCCGAGUGUGUGCAUUCAUGAUUUCUGACAUCUUGCACAAGGGCAGGGCAUCUCAAAAAUAUGCUCCUGAACACGAUCAGAUCAUAAAAUUAUGUGUGACAAGUGAUUCUCCUGGCCAAAGAGGGCUUAAAAUGGCUGCCUCCACAAAGCAAGGGUAAUCCAGGAGAGGCCUGGAGAGAGUUAAUUUAAAGCGUGUUAUAUGGUUUAAGAGAGUCUUGCCCUAAAGUUUACAUUUUAGAGCAGGAUUAGCCACCUACCAUGGUUCCUGGCUUUACAGCAUAAAUUUCCAGUGUCCAAACAGACGUUUCUUGCACAUUUGGGGGUUAUGGAUAGAAGCACUGUAGUAUGAAAAGUGGUUAUAGUCAGGCCCAUCGUGACAAGACAAGCAAACCAAGCAAUUGCUUGGGGCCCCCAAGCUGGCCUGGGCCGCGAGCUGGCCUGGGGCCCCAAGACAACGACCAGGGAAGUAUUAGCCACGAGGCAAACAAUUCAUUUGCCUUGGGCGGCAAAAAAAGCCGCCCCAAAUGCCCAGGGCAAAUGUCUUGUUAGCCUUGCGGCUAACUAACAAUCUGGUCGGUCGGUCGGGCGGCGCUGGCGAGGGAGCACUUUCCCCUGAGCCCUCUACUCAGCUCCCUCGCGUGCCGCAGAGUGAUGCCGGGAGCCCGAAUAUGACGUCAUAUUCUGGCUGCCGGCAUCACUCUGCGGUGCGCGAGGGAGCUGAGCAGAGUGCUCGGGGGGAAGUGCUCCCUCACCAGUGUCGCCCGACCACCCAGCAGCCCCACUAGACCCCAGGGAGAGGAAGAACCCCCCAUUCCCAAAGGUAAGGAGGCUGGGGGGGUUAAAUAAUUUUUUUUGGAAAAGUGAGUGUGUUAAUGUGAGUGAGUGUGUGUGUGUGUCUGUUAGUGUGUGUCUGUUAGUGAGUGUGUGUCUGUUAGUGAGUGUGUGUGUCUGUUAGUGAGUGUGUGUUUGUCUGUUAGCUAGUGUUUGCGUAUCUGUCAGUGAAUGUGUGUGUGUAUUUAGAAGGCGGGGCAGGGGGGAAGGGUUGGGUGGGGUGUUUGGGGGGCCUCCAUGUCCAUUUUGCUUGGGGCCCCCAAAUUCCUUCAAACGGCCCUGGGUAUAGUAACUCUUCUAAAUCUUACAGGUUACUUGAGCACAUAUGAACAGAAGAAAGACAAACACGAUCCACUUGUUCUACUAUAAAAUGCACUUACAGGAAUGAAAAUAAGUAUAGGCACAUUAUCAAUGUUGACUGGAAUCAGAAGAAACAAGAAAUGGAUGGGAAAACAGGAUGACACACAAAGAAGUGACAUGUUUGGGUGACAUGGAGAAGAGGUGGAUGUUAUAGGAAGAAUGAAAGGCACAAUUAGGAGGGGUAUAUAUUUGGGAUACACAUAAGCAGGGUGUUAGGUUAGCAACACUAAGCAGGGAACAGGCAAGGGGGGGGGGCAUGAUGGUGAGACAACAAGGAUGUUAGACAAAGACAAAUAAGUGGGGAGCUGGGGUUAAAGAAGCACAAAACAAGUGACUCUCAUAUGGGGUAGAGAGGUAUACGAGGAGAGUGAGACAACACAAGCAGAAUGUUAGGGCAUGGAAGAUGAAGGAAAAUAUGCACAGUGGGUAUGAGAUGGGUAAAGAUAUACUAAGGAAGGAAAAAAAUGAUUUGGGGAGAAAUUGUGACAACUGUGUUUGGAGACAGAAACACAGGUGGGAUAAAGCUGUGGAAGUGUGGGGCACAAGAGGGUGUCAGGGCAGUGGGGCUGGGGAAAGUGGCAGUGAAAGGAAUCUCUAUUUGUUUCUUCCAUCAUAAUUGUAAGGUUUGUGUGUCACAAUGUAAAGUAAACCAUCUUCCCUUUUACCUAAAGUUUUUGAUUUACAAUUAAUCUUCUUUUGCUGUUAUUUACACUUUAUAACAUCCUAUCAGGGACGAACUGAGAGCCUUUGGCCAAACAUUUCUCUGGAUGUGUACAGUGUGAAAACCUCUAUAUAAAUGCGUGUUUGUAUUUGAGUGUGUAAAAUCUGUGCAAAUGCACUUGUGCAUUGUCUGAAAGGAUGCAUGUGCUAUAUAUAAUAUAUAUAUGGUCAAUAUUAAAAUGUGUGUGUUUGUGUGUGAAUGGAGAAAUGUAUUUUUGUCUGCUGCAAAUAUAUUGAUGUAUGUAUGUGUAAUGUUGAUGUGCAUCAAUCUAAAAGUAUAACGUGUAGUGGCAGAGGUUUAUUUGCAUGUAGUGUAAGAGUGUAAAUACAGUGUUCUACGAGUGAGUAUAACAGAUGUGUGUGAAAGCAGGGGUAUCUAUGGAAUGUGGAUGUGAAUGUAAGGAUGUUUUUAUGCUUGGGUGUAAUUUUGUUGAGGGCCUAUGUCUAUGAAUAAAGGGACGUGUUGGUGUAUCAAUGCAAAAGUGCAUUAAUAUGGAGAUUGUGUAUGAAUUUAGGGAUAGAGGUGUAUGGAGUGUCUGUGUGAACACAGGAGUACAUGUUAGCAGUGUGUGACUUUAGGAGCGUAUUUGUGAGAAGUGUGAAGCAGAGAUGUACAGUGAGGGAAAAAAGUAUUUGAUCCCCUGCUGAUUUUGAACAUUUGUCCACUGACAAAGAAAUUAUCAGUCUAUAAUUUUAAUGGUAGGUGUAUUUUAACAGUGAGAGACAGAAUAACAACAAAAAAAAAUCCAGAAAAAUGUCAAAAAAGUUAUAAAUUGAUUUGCAUGUCAAUGAAUGAAAUAAGUAUUUGAUCAAUCAGCAAGCUUUCUGGCUCCCCUGUGUCUUUUAUACAGUUAACACGCUGAGAUUAGGAGCACUCUCUUAAAGACAUCUAUAAAAGACACCUGUCCACAGAAGCAAUCAAUCAGUCAGAUUCCAAACUCUUCACCAUGG